UAACAUUUGUUGAACAUUUGUUUGGUCUGUCUUCUGCAGUCUAUGGCUCUAUCUCCCCAACAGCACAAGUCAGCAUUUAUCAUACGUCUGCUGAAUAACUCCUUUCACCCAAAGAACAAGGAGAUUGUGCAACAAAAUUAUGGGAUUCAGCUUCUUCACCUGCACAAGAGAGCCAGGGCCAGUGUUGGGACUCAAAGGGUGGUCACUGGCCCCACUUUGGGGAGUUUUACUGCAGCACUUGAAGGUCUGCCUAAACACCUACAACCCAAACCACCACCAGAAUAUAGAGACAUGAAUGCAGGGCUGCUACCCUCAGCAGCUGACCUCUCUUCAGUGCAAACCCCAGUACAGCCCAAAGCUGUCCAUGUGCUCCAGAGAGAGUAA